AUGGAGGCUAAAGACUUGAUUAAAAGUCUCAAGGCAGAACUCACUUGCUCCAUCUGUCUGGGCUACUUCACAGACCCGGUGACUGCCCUCAAAUGUGGGCAUACUUUUUGCAAAGACUGUCUCCUCCAGUGCGAUGAACAAGCUGAUGCUACACUAACUUGUCCUGAGUGCAGAGCUGUCAUUAGGUACAGUGACAUUGUGCCCAACGAGAACCUGCAGAAUUUGUCCAUCACUGGCAAAACUCUGAGACAGCAUUUACUGCUGAGCCCGACACUUCUGACCACCUGUGAUCAACAUGGAGAAAAAGAAAAGCUCUUUUGUGAGCAAGGCCAAAAACCAAUCUGUGAUUCCUGCUUAUUAACCCAAGAGCACAAGGAUCACCAAGAUCUUCCUUUGCAAAUGGCUGCUGACAAGUGCAAGAGGCACACAAAUUACUAUAAGGAGUUAAUUAAAUUUGAAUACAGAGGAAUGCAUGAGUUCUUAUGGAAAGAAGAAAAUAAACAAAUGCAAGCAAUGGACCAGGAAAUAAAUGAAAAUCUAGCAAAAUUUGAGGAGAAAGAGGCCUCUCUGUCCCAACAAAUUCAACAACUGCAACAAAGAAUAUUAGAAAUAGAGGAGAGCUUGGAUGCGGAACCCUUGGAAAUGCUCCAGGAUAUGAAAGGCAUCCUGGAAAGGAAUGAGGAGCUGCUACUUCAAGGACCAGAGGGUUUAUCGAUUACUUAUUCAACUUAUCCGAUGACUGGUUUAAUAGACAUUCUCAGGUGCUAUGAAACGGAUAUCACACUGGAUCCUGAAACAGACAGUUUUCAUCUCAUUGUGCCUGAAGAGUUUAAGCGUUUAAAGCUUAGACAUGGCUCACAAGACCAGCCUUACAAACCAGAAAGACUUGACUAUUUUGUUACUAUGUUGGGGGCUCAGACCUUUACAAGUGGAACACACUACUGGGAAGUAGAUGUGGAAAGUCAUAAAGAAUGGGUACUUGGAAUCUGUGACGAUUCAGUCAGAAAAAAUGAGAAUGUCUCCAUAUUUUCUCGGUAUAUAACAGCUAUAAUAGGCUUAAAAGUUGAUAAUGAAAUACUUAUCUGGAGUCCAUCAACUUUCUUUUGUAAUAUUCCUAUACAAAAGAUUGGCAUUUUACUUGACUAUGAGGAUGGCCAUGUGACAUUUUAUGAUAUCAACAACAGCCGUCCUCUCUUUGGUUCCCGAAAUUCAGCUUUUCAAGGGCCUGCUCGCCCUUUUUUCUCUAAUUCUCUUUCUAACGAAGGAAGUACUUCUUAA